UUUUGGUUUCCUUUCCUACGUAACGUUUCUAACAAAGCGAAAGCGUGUAUAUCAGCCGUUAAGCUUUUUUGGCUAAAGGUUGCUGGCUUGCCUUUUUUUUUGGCUUUGAUUACUACUGUACUGUGUAUCAAUGUCUAGUACAUUUAAGGCACUGUCAAAGUUUCGCUUGGCUUUGGUGCAGUUACAUGUGUCAAAGAUCAAGGCGGACAACUUGGGAAGAGCACAAAAAAUUGUGAAGGAGGCUGCAAGACAAGAUGCAAAAGUUGUAGUGUUGCCUGAGUGCUUCAACUCCCCUUUUGGAUCUGGGUUCUUUGCCGAGUAUGCUGAGAAGAUCCCAGGAGAGACCACACAGGCGUUGUCGCAGGCAGCCAAGGAGUGUGGGGUUUAUUUAGUGGGCGGAUCCAUUCCUGAGGAGGACGGAGGAAAGCUCUAUAACACCUGCUCAAUUUUUGGACCUGAUGGAAAGCUGCUUGUCAAACACAGGAAAAUUCAUCUUUUUGAUAUUGAUGUACCCGGGAAAAUACGGUUUCAGGAGUCUGAAACACUAAGUCCGGGAAACAGUUUAUCCAUGUUUGAAACCCCAUUUUGCAAAGUAGGUGUGGGAAUAUGUUAUGACAUCAGAUUUGCAGAGCUGGCACAGAUCUAUGCUAAAAAAGGUUGCCAGCUUUUGGUAUAUCCUGGUGCCUUCAAUAUGACCACGGGUCCAGCUCACUGGGAGCUGCUGCAAAGGGGGAGGGCAGUGGAUAAUCAGGUCUAUGUGGCCGCUGCUUCACCAGCAAGAGAUGAAAGCGCCAGCUAUGUGGCCUGGGGUCACAGCUCUGUGGUUAACCCUUGGGGGGAGGUAAUUGCCAAAGCUGGAUCAGAGGAAUCCGUUGUAUAUGCUGACAUAGAUCUGCAGUAUUUGGCCGAUAUGCGUCAGCAGCUCCCAAUCACCACACAACGACGGAAUGAUCUAUAUAGUGUUAAUAGUGUUCAGGAGGGCUGAACACUUGUUCACACAAAGCAAAGGGUACCGCACACAAAAAUGUUUUCAUUAUUGUGAAGAACAAGUGCUUCACAAUUUGUAUUCUUUUGCUGAUUCUUUUACAACUUUAUUAUACAACUAUUAUAUUUGUAAUAUAUAAGAGUUUUUUCAGUGGUAAAAACAUUGGACGGUUAUGCCUGGUCUGGUGAAAUGCUGCAUCAGUGCAAAAAAAAAAAAAAAAAAAAAAUUAUUAAGCACGUUAUUGAAAAGUUGUUGAUAUUAUCAAGUGGUUUCCAAAUCAAAAUAAUUAUAUUUUAUGCUGUCAUUUUAUUAAAGCCAAAAGAGAUAAAAAAUUAUCUGGAAAUUGU